UUUUUUCAGGCUGGCCCUCUUCACUAUGUUAGAAUUCCUAAAGACAGAGCAACAGGAAAACUAAAAAAUUUUGCAUUUGUCUGUUAUCGGCAUGAUGUGUCUGUGGCAUAUGCCAUAGAGCUACUGAAUGGAAUCCAGCUCUUCAAACGCAAUCUAAAGGUACAGAGUCGAUACCUUCAAAAUCUGCAACAAUCAGGUGCUGCUUCAGGACCAGGAGGCAUACAUACUCUUGAUCCAUUUUGUUCAACUAAUGCACACAUUGCCAUACCUCAGAGAUGUGUGCAGCAGUCCCUCAUGGGUGCUGCUUCAGGUUUUCUGGGAGCACCAGCAGGUAAUAUACCCAUAAAUGUUCUACAAAUGGCUCAGAAACAGGUGCUUUUGCUUGCUGCUAAUCAGCCUAUCCUGCUCUCUGACAACCCAAUGCUAAAUGCUCCCAGGCAUCAGACAUUUGAUAGAGAUGGUUCAGUAAAUUAUGGCAGACAUUAUCCAAGUCAGAGAGAAAUUCACUAUGGAGGGCAAAAUCGAUAUCAUGGCAACAGUACUGGAAGGCCAAGAUCUCUUGAUAAUGAAACUAUGCAAGCUAUGAAGUCUCACUUCAACAGACAAGCUGAGGAUAAUUCUAAAAUGUUGGCUCAGAUACAUCAACAACAAGGUCGAUUUGACUACAGCAGAUUGGGCCCUCCGAGAACUGAGCACAGUAACAGGCAGAAUGAUGACAGAUAUAGCAGGCACAAUGAUGAUCGGUAUAGCAGGCACAAUGAUGAUCGGUAUAGCAGGCACAAUGAAAGGCAUGACAGUGCUUCUCGACACCAGAGGAACUUUACUAGGAACUUUCUUUGGAGCCAUGGUUACUUAUUUCAUAGUUGCACGGCAAGAAAAACUACUAAAAACAAUGGUAAACAAGUAAAAUGUUUGGAUGUAUGAGCAGAUAUCUCCUCAGCCACCGAGAGACAAAGCCAAACUGAAGUGCAAGCUGCCCCAGCCGGCGGAUGGACGCGUCCAAAACUGCCGAUAACUGAGCAAACGGCCAAUAACCAGGCAAACGGCCGAUAACCAAACCGGCUGAUAACUGGGGGUCCACUGUACUUUCUUCAUACUGUAAUACCAUUUUUUAAAUGACUUACAGCCAUUAAAAAAAAAAAAAGCCAUUUCCCACUGAGGUAGAGUGACCCAUAAAAAAUAAGGCAACACAUUCCCCAUCAUUCAUUCAGUUGCUGUCUUACCAGAAGCGUUCUGACAUCACAGUUCAGAUGACUUUUCAAACUGCAACAUCCUCAACUUUACAGCCAUAUAUUCACAGUUGACUCUGCUGCAUCACCCUAUGACAGAUGUUACCAUUCCAUUUGUUUAAUUUGACUAUUGUUAAUUAACUAUACACCAGCUUUGGAUAAUUUGGAGUGAAAUAAUCAAACCUUACCAAAAAUAAUUUUGUAUUGUUGCUUAGAGUGUUUACAAAUUAAAUCAGGUAAAGGUUUUUUGAAAUGAAUUGCUUAUACUGAAGACAGGUUGAGAAUAUAAACUGGUAUAUAAAAAUCUAUCAAUCUGGAAACUUGGGUAAUUAAUUUGGUCAUCAGACUUGUCUUCAGGUGAAUGAGGGGUCGUUGUCCAAACUGGAAAAUGAUUGGUUUAACUGAUUCUGCUAUGAUGAUCCCUUAAAAAAGGUUUCUAGAUAUUGGACUCAUUCUCCCAUUCUUCAGAUCAAAUCUUAUUGCUUCUCAUUCCCCAGGCACUGUAUGACCUCUAUGGGUUUGGUUUUCUCCCCUAAGUGUGAUAAUAACAAUAAUAAUAAUGAUAAUAUUAAUACUGGAAAUACUAGUAAUGAUAAUCUUGUUUAUUGAAUAUCAGAAAAUAGAGCAUCCACGAGAUAAAUUCACAUGCAAACAAAAAAUAUAGUACCAGUAUAUUUUUGAUGUACUGUAUACCAUUCAAGACCAUGAUUAAUAUGCAAUA